CGGAGUUGCAAGGAUUUCAACGGCAAGAUCUUGUAUUUUCAGAGCCUCUCUGCGGUCUCAGAAUGUGUGAAAUUCUACGCAGUAACUUCGAAGAGUGUUUCCAUGAGAUAGAGGAUGUAAUCAAGAAAAGCUCCUUCGUAGCUAUAGAUGCAGAAUUUACAGGACUGUCCCUAAAUGACAGCUCAGUUUACAGCCUUUUUGACAAUGCUUCAACAAGAUACAAAAAGCUCAAGAAGUCUGUCUCUCAAUUUGUUAUUUCCCAGUUUGGUCUUUGUGCCUUUGUAGAGAAUACUGAAGAACUAAACAGGUAUACAGCAUAUACCUAUAACUUUUACCUGUUCCAACCCUCCUUUGGUCCUGUUGAUUGCAGAUUUCUAUGUCAGACAUCAAGCCUGGAAUUUCUGUGUCAAAACAAGUUUAAUUUCAACAAGUUCAUUCAUGAAGGUGUUCCAUACCUGAAUAAAGAAGAGGAGAAAGAAAUCAAAACACAGCAUGAAAACCAUACUCUUCAUUGUAACAUGACAUCUUACAAACUUGGAGAUCUUGAUGAAGAAAUCAAGGCUGAAAUUGCAAAGACAGACUUAUGGUUACAAUCAGCAAAGGAAGGGGAUGAAAUGACAUUCAAUUCAGAAAAUUAUAUCAAACAAUAUAUGCUUCUCAUUGAAUUAAAGAAUCAAUUCAAGCACAGAAACAUUAACUGUAAAGUACAGGAUGGAUUCAGGAUUGUUAUUACAAAAAAAUGUUCAUCAGACGAAAAUAUUGAGUCUAAAUUUCAAAAAGAGGUUGGAAGAAUAUUCUUGAGUAUAGUGGGAUUUUCAAGAGUAAUUCAACUUUUGGUCAAGACUAAAAAGCCUAUUGUAGGUCAUAACUUGUUAACAGACCUGAUGCUUGUUUAUGAUAAAUUCAUUUGUCCAUUACCAGAUCAAUAUGAUGAAUUCAAGAGAGCUCUUCAUGAGGCUUUCCCUGUCGUUUGUGACACUAAACAGCUAGCUUUCAAACUACGCCGACUUGAGAUUUUACACAACUGUACUUUUCUUGAUAGCACCAAUCUUGACCAAUUGUACACUGCACUUACCAGUGAUGUGGCAAGAUUUUUUGUGCUGUAUAACCCAAGCAUUGAAUUAGCAGAAAUUUCCAAAAGAUAUGCUGAAAAAAGCCAUCUACAUGAAGCUGGCUAUGAUGCCUAUCUAUCUGGAUAUGUUUUUUUAAGACUCGCACAUCUGUACUCAGCCAAAUCAAAAGGCACACAACUUUCAAGAGCUAUUCCAUUCCCCAAGUAUCUUAAAAUGUUACACCCAUACAUCAAUAUCAUAAAUAUAGCAAGAGCAAGUAUUCCAUAUUUGAAUUUAGCAGGGGAUGACCCUCCCUCUGUCCGCCCACAAUGGUUUUGUGUCAAGUCACGUGGUUCAUCACCACUUUCUGGACCUGAGUGUACAAGAUACCCUGUGUAGUCAAGGGCUGACAGUAAUACCCUUAGAUUGACCACCACAGGACACAUGGUACCCAGUCCUGAUUUCAUCUACUGUAUGCUYACUGAUGAAUUCAAAAUGUUGCCAUUGGUAUGGUGAGCAUAGUGAUAUUCAUGAGUUGUUUAACACAAGACAUAGGGCUUCCUUAUCCUAGUUUGACAAAGUGGUCAAAGCAGGAAACUGCCAAAAUCAACGUGUGACCUACUGUAUAUAAUCUUAAAGAGCACAUCAAAAUUAAUAUAAAAGUGUAUAGCCAUUCAAAAAUCUCUUAUUCACAUAUAUUAUAAAUCUCUAGUUUGCAGGGAAAGCUUUUCAUACAUUCCUUUGUAAAUGUUGAUAUUUUUGAACAGCUGAAAGUUCCUAAAUAUUCUYGCAAACAACAGCAAACUCUAUGAUUUUAUUAAUUUUGAUGAGGUCUUUAAGACUAUAUGGGUAUGUUUACGUUUUUAAAAAUUGUACCCUGUCACUUGUUUGGACAAGAAAGGAUAUGGAUCAUAGGGUUAGUAUAAAUUUUACCAACUUUCAAUAUUUUGCUUGACUAACCAAGCGCAACAGAAUAAAGGCAAGGCUCCGAGGAAACAAUAUUGGAUAAUUCUUUUGUUUCUCCUGAGCCUUGCYCUCAGUUCYUUUUUGCAUGACCAUUCAAMUAAAAGUGGACUAUUGUUGAUAUAGCCAUACCAUUUAUAUGAACAUUGCAGAACACAGGCCUAUGACAAAAUACAGCACUAUGCAGAAAUUAUGAUCGU